AUGCAAUUCCGCUCGCCUCCAGCCGCCAGGAGCAUCCCGGCGCUGCGGGCGGCGGCGUCUUCCCAAGCAGCUGCACCUGUACCUGGGCAGCCUGGACUCUCGUGCCCUGUGCUGGGGGCCUGGCACGGGGGCAGCCCCGGGACACCCCCUGCGGGCCGGGUGGCGGAGGAGGAGGAGAAGGAGGAGGAGGAAGAAGACGUGGACCGGGACCCCCACGUCGUCCACAACGUCUGGUUGCGCUGCUGCCACUUCUUCCUGAGGGGGAGAAGAGAGCCCGAGAGCGCCAUGGGGGGCUGUGAGGUCCGGGAAUUCCUCGUGCAGUUUGGUCUCGUCUUGCCUCUGCUGACAGCUUGGCCGAGCGACUGCAGUCACGUCUCCAACAACCAAGUUGUGUUACUUGAUACAACAACUAUUUUGGGAGAGCUGGGGUGGAAGACAUAUCCAUUAAAUGGGUGGGAUGCCAUCACCGAAAUGGAUGAACACAAUAGACCCAUUCACACGUACCAAGUAUGUAAUGUAAUGGAACCAAAUCAAAACAACUGGCUUCGUACAAACUGGAUUUCUCGUGAUGCAGCUCAGAAAAUUUAUGUGGAAAUGAAGUUCACACUGAGGGAUUGUAACAGCAUCCCAUGGGUCUUGGGGACUUGCAAAGAAACAUUUAAUUUGUAUUAUAUGGAAUCUGAUGAGUCCCAUGGAGUUAAAUUCAAGCCAAACCAGUAUACAAAGAUUGAUACAAUUGCUGCUGAUGAGAGUUUUACCCAGAUGGAUUUGGGUGAUCGCAUCCUCAAACUCAACACUGAAAUUCGUGAAGUAGGGCCUAUAGAAAGAAAAGGAUUUUAUCUGGCUUUUCAAGACAUCGGCGCAUGUAUUGCCCUGGUCUCAGUCCGCGUUUUUUACAAAAAGUGUCCCUUCACUGUUCGAAACUUGGCCAUGUUUCCUGACACCAUUCCAAGGGUUGAUUCUUCCUCCUUGGUUGAAGUACGGGGCUCUUGUGUGAAGAGUGCUGAAGAGCGUGACACUCCUAAACUCUAUUGUGGAGCUGAUGGAGAUUGGCUGGUUCCUCUUGGAAGGUGUAUCUGCAGUACAGGAUAUGAAGAAAUUGAGGGUUCCUGCCAUGCUUGCAGACCAGGAUUCUAUAAAGCAUUUGCCGGAAACACAAAGUGUUCUAAAUGUCCUCCACACAGUUUGACCUACAAGGAAGCAACUUCUGUCUGUCAGUGUGAAAAGGGCUAUUUUCGGGCUGAGAAAGACCCACCUUCCAUGGCCUGCACCAGACCACCUUCAGCUCCUAGGAAUGUGGCUUUUAACAUCAAUGAAACAGCCCUUAUUUUGGAAUGGAGCCCACCAAGUGACACAGGAGGGAGAAAGGAUCUCACAUACAGUAUAAUCUGUAAGAAAUGUGGCUUAGACAGCAGUCAAUGUGAGGACUGUGGUGGAGGCCUCCGCUUCAUCCCAAGACACACUGGCCUGAUCAACAAUUCUGUGAUAGUGCUUGACUUUGUGUCUCACGUGAAUUACACCUUCGAAAUUGAAGCCAUGAAUGGAGUUUCUGAAUUGAGUUUUUCUCCCAAGCCAUUCACAGCAAUUACAGUGACCACAGAUCAAGAUGCACCUUCUCUGAUAGGUAUGGUAAGGAAGGACUGGGCAUCCCAGAAUAGCAUUGCGCUAUCAUGGCAAGCCCCCGCUUUUUCCAAUGGAGCAAUUCUGGACUACGAGAUCAAGUACUAUGAAAAAGAGCAUGAGCAGCUUACCUAUUCUUCCACGAGAUCCAAGGCCCCCAGUGCCAUCAUCACUGGUCUCAAGCCAGCCACCACGUACAUAUUUCAUAUCCGAGUGAGGACUGCAACAGGAUACAGUGGCUACAGUCAGAAGUUUGAAUUUGAAACAGGAGAUGAAACUUCAGACAUGGCAGCAGAACAAGGGCAGAUUCUUGUGAUAGCCACAGCAGCUGUCGGGGGAUUCACCCUCCUCGUCAUCCUCACCUUAUUCUUCUUGAUCACUGGAAGGUGUCAGUGGUACAUAAAAGCCAAAAUGAAGUCAGAAGAGAAGAGAAGAAACCAGUUACAGAAUGGGCAUCUACGCUUCCCAGGAGUUAAAACUUACAUUGACCCUGAUACGUAUGAAGACCCAUCCCUCGCAGUCCAUGAAUUUGCAAAGGAGAUUGAUCCUUCAAGAAUCCGCAUUGAGAGAGUCAUUGGAGCAGGUGAAUUUGGAGAAGUCUGUAGUGGGCGUUUGAAGACACCAGGUAAAAGAGAGAUUCCAGUUGCCAUCAAAACGUUGAAGGGCGGCCACAUGGAUCGGCAAAGGAGAGAUUUUCUAAGAGAAGCUAGUAUCAUGGGUCAGUUUGACCAUCCAAAUAUCAUUCGCCUGGAAGGUGUUGUCACAAAAAGGUCCUUCCCAGCCUUUGGGGUGGAGACGUUCUGCCCCAGCUUCCUGAGGACAGGGUUUCUAAAUAGCAUCCAGGCCCCGCAUCCAAUACCAGGGGGAGGAUCUCUGCCCCCCAGGAUUCCUGCCGGCAGACCAGUAAUGAUUGUGGUGGAAUACAUGGAGAAUGGAUCCCUAGACUCCUUUUUGAGGAAACACGAUGGUCACUUCACAGUCAUCCAGCUAGUCGGGAUGCUCCGAGGCAUUGCAUCAGGCAUGAAAUAUCUUUCUGACAUGGGCUAUGUGCAUCGGGACCUGGCAGCAAGGAAUAUAUUGGUCAACAGCAACUUAGUAUGCAAAGUCUCCGAUUUUGGUCUCUCUCGUGUGCUGGAAGAUGAUCCAGAAGCUGCUUAUACAACAACAGGUGGAAAAAUCCCUAUACGAUGGACAGCCCCAGAAGCUAUCGCCUACAGAAAAUUCUCCUCAGCAAGUGACGCGUGGAGCUAUGGCAUUGUCAUGUGGGAGGUGAUGUCCUACGGAGAGAGACCAUACUGGGAAAUGUCCAACCAAGAUGUCAUUCUGUCCAUUGAAGAAGGUUACAGACUUCCAGCUCCCAUGGGCUGCCCUGCCUCUCUACACCAACUGAUGCUCCACUGCUGGCAGAAGGAGAGAAACCACAGACCAAAAUUUACUGACAUUGUCAGCUUCCUUGACAAACUGAUCCGCAAUCCCAGUGCCCUUCACACCCUGGUGGAGGACAUCCUUGUAAUGCCAGAUUCCCCUGGUGAAGUUUCCGAAUAUCCUUUAUUUCUUACAGUCGGUGACUGGCUGGAUUCUAUAAAGAUGGGGCAAUAUAAAAAUAACUUCAUGGCAGCAGGAUUUACAACUUUUGACCUGAUUUCAAGAAUGAGCAUUGAUGACAUUAGGAGAAUUGGAGUCAUACUCAUUGGACACCAGAGACGAAUAGUCAGCAGUAUACAGACUUUGCGUUUACACAUGAUGCACAUACAGGAGAAAGGAUUUCACGUAUGA